UCCCGAAUUUUUGAAAUUCUGGGUCCAUUGAGCAAUCCUGCCCCAUCUCCUCCUAGCAGCCUCUAGUAACCUCAGGGUUCCAUCUGUCUUUGUAAAUUUAUAUAUUCCAGAAGCCUUGUGUAGGAUAGGGGGUAGCUCUGUGGGAGAGUAUUUGCUUAGCCUGUGCCAGAGUUUGGAAUCACACAAUGUUUGCUCUUCUGUAUUUCACUGAUUAUACUUUGUGUCUUCAGAAUCCAUCCAUGCUGUGCCAUGUGUCCUGGCUACAGAGAUGACUCUGCAGGUUCUAGGACUACAAGCAUGCACCACCACACCUAGCCACAGGGCAAUCACUAAAACCGCCAGCGGGUUUGAAUGUGGCAGGGAGGAUCGAACCCAGGACCUCAUGCAUGCUGGUCCAAUGAUCUAGUACUGUGAAAAGUGAAUGCGCAUGUCACCGGAGACUCCUAACUGUGGAAGACACUGCUUGCCGGGUCUCCUCCUACACCUUCAGCAUGAGCCUCUCUAGACACCUCAUCUCCCUGCAUCCGGUUCCCCUGCUCACCGGUCCCGCCAGCCAUUUUAACCAGAGAUCUGCCUCAGAGCACCUAUGCUUGGAACAUAUGCCGGUCACACCUGCGAGACACCCUUUGCUGCUGUAGCCCGUGGAUGGAUGCUGAGUUCCCCACCCCACCCCCUGCACCAAACUUCAGCAGGAUCAUGGCAUAUCAACUUGACCUCCUCGUAGGUGUGAUCUUCAUGGCCGGCCCCGUGGUGGGGAUAGCUCCCUGCUCCUCGGAUGGCAGGAUAGCCUUAUUCCGAGGCUGUAACCUUACCCAGGUUCCCUGGGCCCUCGAUCCCACCAUUGAGAGUCUCCUGCUCAGCUUCAACUCUAUCAGUUCGGUUGUCACCGCAUCAUUUCCACUCCUGGAGCAGCUCCAGCUGCUGGAGCUGGGGACCCAGUAUGCUAACAUGACCAUUGGCCCAGAGGCCUUUAGAAACCUGCCCAACCUUAGGAUCUUGGACCUGGGCCUAAGCCAGAUUGAAGCCUUGAAUCCAGAUGCUUUUCAGGGACUGCCCCAUCUCCUGGAACUCCGGCUGUUUGCCUGUGGACUCUCCAGUGCUGUAUUAAGGGACGGUUACUUCAGAAAUCUAUAUUCAUUAGCUCGCUUAGACCUAUCUGGCAACGAGAUUGACAGCCUUCACCUCCAUUCUUCGUUUCAAGAACUGGAUUCCUUAAGCGACCUAAAUUUUGCUUUCAACCAAAUAUUCACUUUAUGCGAAGAUGAACUUAAGCUUCUGCAGGGCAGAACACUGUCUUUCUUUGGCCUCAAAUCAACGGGGCUGUUCAGCAGGGUCUCUGUGGUCUGGGAGACAUGCAGAAACCCUUUCGGAGGCAUGAGGCUAGAAACACUAGAUCUUUCUGAAAAUGGCUGGACAGCGGCCAUCGCAGGGAACUUCAGCAACAUCGUCCAGGGAAGCCAGAUUUCCAAUUUGAUUUUUAAAUACCACAUCAUGGGUCCUGGCUUUGGCUUCCAGAACAUCAAAGAUCCUGACCGGAGCACAUUUGCCAGUCUGUCCAGGAGUUCAGUGCUAAAACUGGACCUCUCACAUGGCUAUAUCUUCUCCUUGAAUCCCCGACUGUUUGAGACACUGAAGGAUUUGAAGAGUCUGAACCUUGCCUUCAACAAGAUAAACAAGAUCGGAGAUGGUGCAUUUUAUGGACUUGACAGCCUCCAGGUUCUUAAUCUAUCCUAUAAUCUUUUGGGAGAACUCUAUGACUCCAACUUCUAUGGGCUUCCUAGAGUAGCCUACAUUGACCUUCAAAGGAACCACAUUGGGAUCAUUCAAGACAAAACAUUCAGAUUAUUAAACAAGUUACAAACCUUAGAUCUCCGUGAUAACGCUCUUAAAACCAUUGGUUUUAUUCCAAGCAUACAGAUGGUCUUCCUGGGGGGCAAUAAGCUGAUCCAUUUGCCAUACAUCCGUUUUACAGCCAACUUCAUAGAGUUAUCCGAAAACAGGCUGGAAAGUCUGUCUGACCUCUACUUUCUCCUGCGAGUCCCUCAGCUCCAGUUCCUCAUCCUCAACCAGAAUCGCCUUUCGUCGUGCAAGGCGGUCUACACCACUUCAGAGAACCCAAGCUUAGAACAGCUUUUCCUGGCAGAGAAUAUGCUGCAGCUUGCCUGGGAGACCGGCCUCUGUUGGGAUGUUUUUAAAGGCCUUUCCGGCCUCCAAGUCCUUUACCUGAAUAAUAACUACCUUAAUUUCCUUCCACCAGGAAUAUUCAAGGACCUGGUUGCAUUACAGAAGCUCAGUCUGAGUGCUAACAAGCUGACCGUGCUGUCUCCGGGUAGUUUACCUGCUAAUUUAGAGGUUCUUGAUAUAUCUAGAAAUCAGCUUUUCUCUCCUGAUCCCGGUUUGUUUUCUUCGCUUCAUGUCUUGGACAUAACUCAUAAUGAGUUCGUUUGUGACUGUGAACUUAGAACUUUUAUCUUCUGGCUCAAUCACGUCAAUGUCACCCUGUCUGGUUCUCCUGAAGACAUAUAUUGCAUGUACCCUAACUCACUGCUAGGGAGCUCCGUCUACAACACACCCACCGAGGACUGUGAUGAAGAGGAAGCCAUGCGGUCCCUAAAGUUUUCCCUUUUCAUCCUGUGCACAGUCACUUUGGCUGUGUUCCUCAUCAUCGCUCUCAUAGUCGUAAAGUUCCGGGGGAUCUGUUUCCUGUGUUAUAAGACUCUCCAGAGGCUGGUGUUCAAGGACAAGGUCCGGAAUUUGGAACCUAGUGGGUACAGAUAUGACGCCUACUUCUGCUUCAGUAGCAAAGACUUUGAAUGGGCACAGAAUGCUUUGCUCAAACACCUGGAUGCUCACUACAGUUCCCGAAACAGGCUCAGGCUGUGCUUUGAAGAAAGAGAUUUCAUUCCAGGGGAAAACCAUAUCUCCAACAUCCAGGCGGCCGUCUGGGGCAGCAGGAAGACGGUGUGUCUAGUGAGCAGACACUUCCUGAGGGAUGGCUGGUGCCUGGAAGCCUUCAGGUAUGCCCAGAGCCGGUGUCUGUCGGACCUCAAGAGCGUUCUCAUAGUGGUGGUGGUGGGCUCGCUGUCCCAGUAUCAGCUGAUGAGACAUGAGACCAUCAGAGGGUUUCUGCAAAAGCAACAGUACCUGAGGUGGCCCGAAGACCUCCAGGAUGUUGACUGGUUUCUUGAUAAACUCUCUGGAUGCAUUCUAAAGGAAGAAAAAGGGAAGAAGAGCAGCAGUUCCAUUCAGUUGCGAGCCAUAACAACCAUUUCCUAGCGGAAAGGGCACUGUGGACACACCAUAAAUAACUCUCCACACCGUACGGGCACAGCCGUUGGGGGUUCUUCCCAGAGGUUGUUUUCUGACAAUGAAAACAACAUCAAUCUCUUGAUUUUCAUGUCAACAGGGUACUUUGUCUCACUGACCUCCAAAUGGGAAGUAAUAGGUCCCAGAGAAUAGCAGCUGCCUCGAAGGGCUCCCACCUGCCAUUGAUUUCCUUUUAGGCCCAAUGACACCGUUUCCUUCCAUCCUGUUACACACUGCCUGCCACCCAGGUGGCGAGGGCACCUUGGGAGACGUUCCAGGUGGCUUGAUGCUUUCUGUGCUGUUCAGUUAGUUCAAAAGCAGGUGGCUUGAGAAUCCUGAGUUCCUAAGGCUCUGUAGAGCGUGGACAGAUGAGAUGGGUCCUUCUCUGGCGGCAGUAGGCAUGAGGCCGAUUGCUGGGGACUGCUCACCACACUGAAGUGCGUAAGUGAUAAGAAGUUGGACAGAUAGAUGGAUGACCGCAGACUCACUGCUGUGGCCUGAACGCACUUACUUCCUGUUCUGACCCUGCAGGCCCAGCUUUUGUGGGCCACUGCCACGUUCUGCAUGGGACCUCUCAAUCUGGCGUUCACACCCUUUCAUGACUUAGCACCAGCCUGCUCUGCUUUCUUCCCCACAACUAUACAACAGCUGUUGCAUCAGCUACACAACAGCUACAAAAAGGCUGUGGAGUUCACACACACGGAUUCCUCACUGAAUUCUCAUUCCUUGGUUUCUUAGCUGUGUAAGUUGAGUGCACUAUACCAUGGCUGGGCCUCAGUGUUCUCUCCUGUAGGCCGAACAAUAUGUACCACACAAAUAGGCUGUGCAUGGCCAUUGGCUGGGAAUGUCACAACUUCUCUGAUCUUUUCCUUAACUGCCCUAGAGAGCCCAGGAGAAGAAACAUAUCCAGAAACUUCUGGAGUCUGUAGUGCUCUCUUUGAAUUCUUAUUUUUUAUUUUCAAUCCUAAAAAAAAAAAAAGAUUUAUGUAUAUUUUGCAUUAUAACCCUUUUCGCAUGUUUAUUGAUAUAGCAAUGUUUCUUUGCAAAAGCAUUAAGACACUUUUAA